UGUUACUGAGUGCGCCGUUCUUAUGUUGUUCUAAAACGGUCCCCCCGCGGUGAUAUCGUCAGCUGCUGCGGUCUUCGGCUGACAGAACAUAGAAUCUGCUGCUGAAAAUCAUUGCAUGAUUUGAUACGAUCCCGGUGUGUCCUUGAAAAUUUUGUUUUCCAAAAUACGCUUGACCCGUUGAGGCGUAUCAUAGUUUGAUGCAGUCAUCAGUUAGUGAGCGAUAGGCGUACAACCGAGUUGUCCUGCCGAAAAAAAACAACACGUGGCUUGCCCAGAGAUUGACAUAAUGUCAAAAGUAACGAGUGCAGUUUGAAUUUUCUCUUCAAGUCUGACGAAUUUUCGACCGGAGGAUUUCCGUCGUACAACGAAUAUCGAUCGAUUGAGAUUUACUGGAAGUAGCAAGCACAACAAACGCAUAGCUGACCGCAAUCAGGAUGGAUUGGCUGGAAGACCGGAGCGUCUGGCACCUUUUGGCCGAUUUUCUCUCGAUACUAACGAUUGCUUCCUGUUUGGUAUGCAAGGUGCCGCAGAUUCAAACCGUUCGGCAUAACAAAUCAGCCGCCGGAUUGUCCCUGAAUGGGUUGCUGCUGGAACUAUGCAGCUACACGGUGACGAUGCUGUACAAUUUCACCAACAAGUAUGCCUUCCUGUCCUACAUGGAGUACCCGAUUCUGCUGGCUCAGGAGUACGCGCUGAUCUACGUGGUGCUCAAAUACAAAAAUCUGCUGGGAAAGACUGCCUACAUUUGGGCCGGAGUCUAUGUGGCCGUCUUUCUAGGGUUUGGGACCGGAAUCGUGCCCGCCGGAUUGUUGCUGUAUUUAGUGCCCCUGACGACUCCAGUUGGCGCCACCAGCAAAGUGAUGCAACUGAUGGCCAUUCUCCGUUCCAAAGAUGCACAAUCGGUCAGCUUGAUAACCUGGAGCAUUUCUGCAUUUACCAAUGCCACCCGUAUCUACACCAUCAUGCUGGAUUCGGCCGACAAAAUGCUGCUGGCUAACUUUUCCAUUUCGACCCUGCUGAGCUCAUCCAUCUUUGCGGCCGCCUGGUACUACAAGAAACCGAAGAAGGAAUAAUAAACCUAUCGCGGGCGACGAUCACACUUCCACUAUUCUAUGCACAACCACCAAAGUUAAAGUAAAUUUGCACCAAUCACAACGCUUCUCACGUUUUGUAGGUCGCAUCAAGCUGCGACUAUACACAGGUUAAAGCUUCACAAUACGGAUUCUAGUCCCAGCAUGUUCUAGUUAGUUGCACAACGUGGUCCUGCAAAGAAUCACCAGAUCUGACACAGGUAUCACACAAUGCUUUUAAAAAAUAGCUUUCAAAAAAGCGAAAAAGACAAAUAAAUCUAAGAUCUUAACAGUUUAAAAAGUUUUUACAAUGCUGUUAGAUAUUUUCGAACGUUUCAUAAAUCUUCACCGAUCACCUUUUAAAUACUCUUUCAAGGAUUUCUCAACUUUUCCACCAAUCACUAACCACGAGCUGAGAUUGCUAAAGGUAUAUGUACGUUCGUAUAAUCCAACAUUCACUGAAUAGUUACAUGUUUACUCCUUCCCGUGUUAAACUGUCAUGGAAAAACUUUUCGCCUUCCACAAGCGACUGCUGAUGAAUAUUGAAACAUAGAAUCUAUUACUGAACUGUGUUGAUGUGUAACUGUAGGAACACUUUAAUAGUUCAGUAACAGUGCGGUAACUCAUCGGUAGUACGGGUUUGUUUGCUUCUUUCAAUCAGUUUGAAAUCUGAAUACUUCUUUGCAGCGAUGUGACGACUACUAAAAUGGAAUCAUUGAAUCUUAAGCUUCUAGCAUUUUGUAUUGCGUAUCUCUAGAUUUCUACUAAUAAAUAGCUGAGAAUGUGUUCUAUGUUAUGUAGUACUCUGUCUCUACUUUGGAUCAUGUUUUACAUU